AUGAUCUUCCCCAAGACCGCCGUCCUCCUCGCCCUGCUGGGGCUGUCCAGCGCCCAGGUGGAGAAGCGCCAGGGCACCACGAGUCUCGACACCGUGACCUGCGGCUCCAACAAGUAUUCCCAGCAGCAGGUCAACGAGGCCGUCGGCGAGGGAUGCCGGUUGAUUGCCGCGAGCCAGCAGCUGGGGACCAACAAGUACCCGCACACGUUCAAUAACCGCGAAGGCCUCGUGUUUGCGACAUCUGGACCGUAUCAAGAGUUUCCCAUUCUCCGAUCCGGAAACUACACUGGGAGUAAGAUCCACUGUCUCAAAAAGCCCCUUGAGCCCGCUCUCUCCUGGCGCAGACCGCGUCGUCAUCAACCCCAAUUAUCGGGGGCUUGCGUCUAUGUUGGUGCCAUGACCCAUACCGAUGCCCCCACGCGCAACGGCUUUGUCCUUUGCACUGAGGUCGGUUCAUCGUCCACCGGACAGGACGGUGAGGAUGGCGAAGACGGCGAGGAUGGUGAGGAUGGAACGGAUGGCGCAGCUGGUUCUGGCAGCUCUAACAGCACCUCUGGUUCCGGUUCUGGGUCAGGUGCUGAAGGCUCUGCCACGACGGCAUCCAGCAUUGGCGGUAUCGCCGUCAGCGCUCUUGUAGGCCUCCUUGUCGCGGUGAACGCCCUGUAA